AUGGAUCCUCAAGAAUUAGUACCAUUGGAGUCUGGACUUCCCCGACACCGUCCCACACGCCAGCUCAGUCAAUAUGCCUCACGAUCGUGUUACAAAGGACCCAUCAGGUUGUGUCGUCUGUUAGCUCUCAUGAUUGUACUGCCGUGUUUCUUCAUAUUUAUGCCACUGUAUAUGAGAUACCGCGUGUUUUCCGGUCAGAUGUACCCAAUGAGCAUGACUGACAUGCGUCUGAUCGACAGCAAGAUAUCACCCACUUGGUGCCAGAGGCAAGUAGUAAAAUCAAAUGCAACCUUCAAUGCUUUCGUGGUGCCAGGACCUCCAGAGCUGACAGAUGAAUUGGUCUCGGUCUCAAUGACCAGAGAAUUGGAACUGGAAGAUGAUAUGAAGGAAUAUUGGGGCUUCUAUCUGCUCCAGGGCUCAGCUGUGACUGUUUCGUCUUGCGUCAGAUGGCCAGGAGCAUCCCUUAUUAUGAUCAAAGGCUACAAACACCUUCAAGAAUGCGCAUACAUCGGCGACGAUUCAUCAGAAGAACUUGACGAGCUGAUAGAGGCUCACAAACUUGGACUAUUGACAAAUGCAACGUUGUUAGAGAAGAUAUACAAGCUUAAAAAAGAAGAUGGAAAAGCAAAUGAUCCUGGAACAAUGAAAAGACACAAAGCUGGCAUAAAUUUCCAUGAUCCGAAGCACAAGACAAAUGUUACGUCAUCGGACAGCAUUCCCACUGCUGACGUCACAGACCACGACCCUAAGGAACUCCGUGAAAUUCUCGAAAAGUUACACGCUAUCCGACAGGCUGCUAAAACAGAAGCUCUGAAGUACUAUCACCCCCCAUCACAUCUUAUGUCUCUACCAGCUCUCCAUCGACAUAGAGAACCCAACAUCGAUCGAGAAGAAAGACCAUUUCUAUCAUUCAAAGACAUAGAUGGUAACAUCACCGAACCAGUUCCAACAACAGAAAAACAAAUAUUGAAACCUAAUACAAUACCCGAAGAGCAAGUAAAAGCCCAUAGUAAUAUAAGCAGUAAAACUAGUGUUAUUAAUACUUUAAAUACUAAAUCUGACAACAAUGAACUUAAUAAGAGCAAAGCUGUAGAAAGAAAAGUAGAAGAUAAAGUUACAGAAAACAAAACUAAUCAAGGAGUCUUUCAGAAACCCAAUGAAGAAAUCAGUUCUAAGGAAGUAUACGAAAAAGUGUUGAAACAGCUACAAUCAUUAGGAGAUAGAGGGAAAAGAGUUUUGACGAGGUUACAUGAAAGUAUGAGAGUGACAGAGGAUACUAAGAUGACAGAUAAAACAAUCACAUUGACUGGAAGUGAAGAAGAAAUUGAUCACCUGAGUAACAUUCUUGUCGAAGCUAUCGACGAGGAGAAAACUAAGGCACAGAGACAAGAAAAACGUCGUGAAGCAAGAGAGGAUGCAAGACAGAAGAGAGAACUGAUGCUUGGACGUUUAGAGUUACAGAAACAGCUGAAUGAAGACGACGAAGCUCGAGACUACGCCGCUGAAGAGGGACUUGAACCAGAUGGCUUUGCAGAACAUCAUGACCAAAUCAAUGAGACCACACCCUACGACAUGUCAAACUCCGAGUUCUGGUCAUCGUUCAGUAGCAGUGAGGAAGCGUUGCUGGAAUGUGCUGGACUUAUCCUGAACUUACCUUUAACUCCUCACUCCUCAUGCCAGCCUGGUUCUUCGGAUCAGGAAACUCUCGCUGCUUCUAGAGCGAAUGCUUUGACUUAUAGAGUUCCAGCGAACGGCUACUACUUCUUCGUGUUCAACUCCGAGAACGAGGUUCAGAGGAACUUCAUUCGCGCCCGCUUCGACUUGCAGAAGACGCGCUACGACGUAGCCAGGACUGCUCUUAGAGAGUGUACUAACAGUACUGAAAGAUGCGACUUGCCACUCGACAUAUUUUCCAGCCAAAAGGUAGUUUUGGAGCUUCCACUGCGUAACAACGAUUCUUUAUGGAACGAACAAUUUGUGAUAUUAUCAGAAUGUGAGCCUCGUACAUCUGUGUAUCUUGUUUGUGUUAUUGCCGUUCCAAUACUGAUUUUGGCAUUUGGAUUCCAAUGAAAGGAACAUUGUCGAAAAAUUUGGAACAUUUAGGAACAUUCUCGAAAGCUAGCAGUCUUGAGAUGUCCAAGAGAACGGGAUUCGUUUAAAUUCUAGGUAAAUGAUAAUUUACGUUAUAUUUAAUUGCAUAUUGAUCUUCUAUUUUCAUAUGAUUAAUGAUAUGAUUAUUAUAAAUUGCUAUUAAUGUUAAGGACUAGUAAAAUGCUGAAAAAAUCAUUAACUAUGACUAAUGGUGCCUUAUUAUCAUCUCUUUCGUUCAUAUGUUUGUUAAAUGUGAUAGAAUGAGAUAGAAAGCCAUUGGUCCGUUUAUAUGUAAAUAACUAAAUACAGAAAAAAUUAUUUAGGUAUUUUCAUCACAUUUAUAAGAUAACAUUUAGUCUGUUUUUCUUUUUUAUAUAAAGUUGAAUUAGUAACACCAAAGGAAAUAAUAAAUUACAAUAUUGUAUAUCAAAGAAAUCUUAGUCAAGUAUAUGUAAGCACAAAAUACAUAUGGGACAGCGCUAUGUAUUAAAAAAAAAUUGAGAGAAUAUUUUUAAACAGAAGAUUUAAUUGCAAUCAGAAUUUAUUAAAAAAAUUACAACUAGGAUACGGCCCAUUGCAUUUAAGCUACGAGAAAAGCUGAUGCAUUUAUCUAUAUAUUAAUACGAGAAGCGAAAAUUUUGUAACCUUUUUAAGAAAAUUGCGUGGACGGAGGAGUG